UCCCUUUUUAAAUACAAUCCCGCUACCUCAGUUGCGUUCACUGAGCUACCCAAAUUCAAUCCUCGAAGAAGAGUGUCUAAUGCCCCUCUUUCAAGAACGAUGUCUGAUUGUGGUAGUUUGCAGUACGAUACACUGAGAAGGAUAGAAUCCCCACUUACGGGGUACAUCAUCAAACCUUCAUCUCCUUCCCUUUCAGACAGAUCCCUUCCACCGUUUUCUUCUGGCAGCUCAGUCUCUGGGACUUCCACUGGAUCUGGAGGUUCUAACUCCACCAGCCAAGAAGAACAAUUGGACUCGGCUUCAACCCUAGCAGCUAGUAUGACAGGGAAUGAGGAUGUUCUCUCUCUAAGCUCUGGUGUAGGAACUUCCUCUAAUAGUGGUAGCGGAGGGUCAGCAGCUACUCCAACCGGCAGGUGGGUCAGCAUAGUCCUGUCAGGUUCCUUUCUAGUCCUUUUAGAAUCCAGCCUAGUCCUUUCAGGAUUAUUUCGAGUCCUUUAA